ACAAUCAUCGUCAGCGAAGACGAUGGCUAUCGGUAUUUUGAAAGUAUUCAAAAGAAAGUUUCAGUUUCAUUUAUUGUGAAUCCAGUGAUUCGUGGGUGUAAUGUAUGUCAUAGUUAAUGUUCAAGAUCUCCUAAUUUUGUGGAAUGUGUGAUUACCUUGGGUCGUUUAUUUUCUUUUGAAAGUUGAUAACAGUUGAAGAUUUUUUUUAAAAUUUUCAUGUUAUAUCUGUGUUUAUUCACAUUCUCAUUUAUAUUCUAUAGAAGGUCACACAUGAGAUAUACUAGCGGAUACAGGCAGACAGAUGAAAUAUUAAAUACAUUAUGACAUCGAAAACGAACCAACCCCAAGAGGCAGACCACAGCGAAAUGCAAAGGCAUCCGUGCCCUCUCUGCUCGUCGACAUUCCACACCAAAGGACUUCUCGCACGUCACAAGAAUCAACUGCACCAAGCGGCAAAAAAAUACAGCUGCACACAGUGCAGUGCCGAGUUCAACUCCUUGAACAACAUAUCCCUGCAUCGUCUCAUUCACGGAUCCAAACCAUUCAAAUGUCCCAAAUGUUGCAUGAUGUUCCGCCGUCAGGCCACAUUUGUGGGUCACAUCGAGCGACACUUCGUGAGCGAGGAUCAUAUUUGCGCCGUUUGUGAUCGUGAGUUUCAAACCCUCGAAGAAUUGAAGUCGCACGUGUAUGAGGGACAUGAGCAAAUAUUGCGCAAAAAAGAAACGAAAAUCAAUGCUGUGAAGACGAACAAGAAUAAAUUCAAGUGUACCUUAUGCGAAGACAAGGUCUUUUCGAAGCCGAGCUUGUUGGAGAGGCAUUUCCUGACACACACAAAACAGAAGCCAUUCAUGUGUGACAUCUGUGGCAAAUCGUUCAAUCAGAAAAGCAGUCUCAAAACCCACUCCCUGGUGCACAGCAAGAUCCAGGAGUACGCUUGCCUAUUGUGCGGUUUGAAAUUUUCCCAAAAGAUAAACCUCCGCGUCCACACGCUUCGAGUGCAUCCCAAACGAAGCGCCUCUCUUGCCGAUCGUUUUCCGUGCCCUUACUGUCCGUGCUUUUUCAAGAAACUUGGCAGUUUGAAUGCCCACAAAACCAAAGUUCACAAUGCCACGGGAACGUCUGAUUCCGCUGUGGAAGGGAACUCGGAAGAUGCAACCGCGGCAGCGGUCGAUGAGAGAGAUGGGGACACUGUAGCGACAGUACAAACUGCUACCGCUUCGAGCCACCCGUUUAUAUCCGGACUUGUGUACAAAUGCGUCCCGUGUGAUUUGAACUUUCCCGGAAUGCUUCAGCUAGAGAGACACGUACAAGAACACUUGGCCACUACUGGAAGCCACACAUCCCUCGACGCCCACGACGAUAUCGUUCAACCGGUGGUCACCAGCAGAACCCACGAACAUUUGCAAGGAUCGAAUGAUGAGCGACCUCAUGAUUGUAAGAUCUGCCCCGCCGCAUUCAAAAAAUCGAGUCACCUGAAGCAGCAUUUGAACUCCCAUUAUGGUAUCAAGGGAAACAGAUGCGAAAUCUGCAACAAAACCUUUAGCACUAGCCACACUCUAAAAGUUCAUCGGAACAGUCACAAUCAGAACACCACGCUUCACUAUAAAUGCGGCCAGUGUCCUGCCAGUUUCAGCCUGCAAUCAAGUCUUCGUCGGCACUCCAAACUUCACGACAAUCCGGAUCAGAGCUUUAGCUGUCCCCACUGCCAGAGGGUUUUCAAAUGGUUUCAGAACUGCAAAAGCCAUAUCAAAUCAUCCCAUCCGGAGAAGGAAGGAAUCGUUGAGGAGAACACAAAGGUCAAUGACCUUCGGGAAAAUCAAUCACAAACAAAUGAAAUGUUUGUCGACCCUCAGCCUGAGGAAACUCUGAUCGAUCUGAACAAUUUACCACCGAACGUGAGCAUUGUGGAUGUCAGCAAUUUGGCGAACUGUAUCGUAAGCAUUGACAAUCAGUUGUACGAAAUUCCAGUCCAGCUGGAGGCGAACCAAGUGUUGGCGAACAUUGAAAUAAAUGGCCAGAGCCUGAUAGAUUUCCAUGACGUAACGACCGUCACACAUGCCAUAGUCGAACAAGGUGAUGAAACUGCCGUUCAAGGGAAAUCGCUGUAUCAGUACAUCGAUGAGCUAACGAAUGAUGGCUCUCUGCAGGAAGAGAUUAUCGAUCAACCUAAGCGCUCGCUCAAAAAGGGUAACCAACGACGGCCCGAUGCUACAAAUGUGAACUCAGAGCUUCACGGGGUGCCAUUUGAUCUGUUCUCAGAGUCCAUCGAGGAUGGGAAGAAAAAAUACAGCUGUAGAGGUUGCGAUAAAGUAUUCAAGAAACCGGUGGACUUACGGAGACAUAUUCGAACUCAUACAGGCGAGCGGCCAUUCCAAUGCGAUAAAUGUCCAAAAUCGUUCACUCUGAAGGCCGUUCUUCAAUCGCACCUCAAGACACAUGAAACGCGGCGGAUAAUGCUGACCUGUCCGGAAGAGGGAUGCCUGAAAAAGUUUUCGAGCAAAACUAGCUUAAAACUGCACCGUCGUAUCCAUACGGGAGAUCGUCCAUUCCGGUGUACCAUUUGCUCGCUUACUUUCAGAACCUCUGGACACAUGCAAGCACAUAUGAAUUCCCAUUCGCGAUUAGCGAUGCGACGGGAGAAGAAUAGACCAACCGGCGCGUUCGUCAUCUUUCGGCACAAACUGCUGAACGAGCUUCGACACGGCCAGCGAGGUGUAGUUGUUGUGCGCCACCAGCAAUUCGAUCACGAAAUCUUUAUAAACCUCUCGGGAGGUUUCAUUCCUGUGCAGCCAAUUAGCCGACAGCAGAGACUCGACGAGCAUACCGAAAUUUGCAUCCAGCAUGACCAAUGCAGCUUUUGCUCCGAUACAUGCGGUGAGGAAUUCUAUUACGUGCUGAUUCCCUCUCAACAAGAGCAGAAGCUGAAAAUUAUUCUGCAGAAGUUGAGCAGUUUUGCUUCCCAGUUAAGCAGUUAUCCUAUAUGUGAAAAAUGCCGCCAAGAAUUCAUAACCAUCCACAACAUUCCCGAGAGCUGCUUCCAAAUUUUGCAUAGCGCCGAACCGACUUUCAUCAAAAUGGAUCCAGAGUUAAUGAUUGAUGAUAGCGAGUUGCCGGAUAGCGAGAACAUUUUUGAGAGUGGCGCAAUAAAGGAUUUUGGACUGAUCAGACGGGAUGGCGAAAUGCAAAACAAAGAAGAGAACGGAGAGGUAUUCCUAAUCAGGGAAACGAAUGCUGCACAGGAAAAAGUUCACUCACUUUCGGUAUGUCAUAAAUCGAAGGAAGGAUCCGGGAAAGAAGGAGGAAUGUCGUUCAAAUGUGAGAAGUGUGAAAAAACAUUCAGCCGAAAAUACGAUCUCGAAAUACACUUUCGAACCCAUACGGGUGAGCGUCGUUAUUCGUGUCCACAUUGUCAAAACACAUUUAAAGACCCUGCAACGCUCCGAGUGCACAUUCGAAUUCAUGCGGAUGAACGUCCCUAUUCUUGUCAGUAUUGUCCGAAGGCAUUCAGGGAUCGUCUAUCGCUUCAAGCACACAUUCAAUCUCAUUCGGAAGAAAACCCGUUCAAAUGUGAAAAGUGUGAAAAAACAUUCAGCCGAAAAGACUCUCUCAAAAUGCACGUUUUAACUCAUACGGAUGAACUCCCCUAUCCGUGUCCACAUUGCCAGAAGGCAUUUAAGGAUCGUUUACGGCUCUCAAACCACAUUCGGUAUCAUUCGGACGAAUCUCAUUCGUGUCCGCAUUGUCCGAAGAUUUUCAAGGCAGCUAGCACGCUCAAGUAUCACAUUCAAACGCAUACGGGAGAACGCCCCUAUUCUUGUCCACAUUGUCCGAAGGCGUUCAUACAACCUAACGCGCUCAAAUGUCACCUUCAAACUCAUUCUGAUAAACGACCCUAUUCUUGCCCACAAGGUCCAAAAGCUUCCAAUCUGCCUUCAACGCUCCAAGCGCAUAUUCGAACUCAUACGGGUAAACGGUCCUACUCUUGUCCACAGUGUCCGGAAGUUUUUAGGCUACCUUCAGCGCUUCAAGUGCACAUUCGAACUCAUUCUGUUGAACGUCCCUAUUGUUGCUCAGAGUGUCCAAAAGCGUUUAGACAGAUUUCAACGCUCCAAGCGCAUAUUCGAACUCAUACGGUUGACCGUUUCUAUUCUUGUUUACACUGUGCAAAGACGUACAAGCAACAAUCAACGCUUCAAAAACACAUUCAAACUCAUACAGCUUUGUAAGGGAUGUUUGACUGGAAUGAAUCGUUCAGCAGGUUCAUUCCCUUGCAGGAAAACGUCCAUAAUCCUGUCCACAUUUUUUUCAAAACGUGUACCAGACCUUUCAACUUACAUAUAAGGUAGAUAGGGGUAAUAUGACCAAGCGGGACGAUAUGGACUACCCUUCGUUUGGGCUUGUUAUUGAACCAAUAACACUUAUUUCCCAACAAUUGUAUUAGAAAUACCCUUAAUAAGUAUCUCAGAUAAAAUCGUAUUCGAAUUCAA